GAAGCAGGCGAGUCGGAGUCCGGCUAUAGACUGACGCCGCUGACGGCAGGUUACGUGUGCUCUCCACGCACGUGCGCUGUCCACGCUAUCGGUCCUCCUAGGUGAUUUGCCACCUGGCCGCUGCACCAUGGAUGCCCCAAAGCUGGUGGUCAACUUCGGGCCAGGGCCCGCCAAGCUGCCGCACUCGGUCCUGUUGGAGAUACAAAAAGAAUUAUUAGACUACAGAGGAGUUGGGAUUAGUGUUCUUGAAAUGAGCCACAGAUCAUCAGAUUUCGCUAAGAUUAUUAACACCACGGAGAAUCUUGUGCGGGAAUUGUUAGCUGUUCCAGACAACUACAAGGUGAUUUUUGUGCAAGGAGGUGGGUCUGGCCAGUUCAGUGCCAUCCCCUUGAACCUGAUUGGCCUGAAAGCAGCAAGGUGUGCUGACUAUGUGGUGACAGGAGCUUGGUCGGCUAAGGCUGCAGAAGAAGCCAAGAAGUUUGGGACUGUUAAUAUCGUCCACCCCAAACUUGGGAGCUACACAAAAAUUCCAGAUCCCAGCACCUGGAACCUCAACCCAGACUCCUCUUACGUGUAUUAUUGCGCAAACGAGACCGUGCAUGGAGUGGAGUUUGAUUUUAUACCAGAUGUCAAAGGAGCAGUGUUGGUUUGUGACAUGUCCUCAAACUUCCUAUCCAAGCCAGUGGAUGUUUCCAAGUUUGGUGUGAUUUUUGCUGGUGCUCAGAAGAACGUAGGCUCUGCUGGGGUCACGGUGGUGAUCGUUCGUGAUGACCUAUUGGGGUUCGCUCUCCAGGAAUGCCCCUCCAUCCUGGAAUACAAAGUGCAAGCCGGAAACAACUCCUUAUACAACACGCCGCCAUGUUUCAGCAUCUAUGUCAUGGGCCUGGUCCUGGAGUGGAUUAAGAACAACGGUGGUGCGGCAGCCAUGGAGAAGCUUAGCUCCAUCAAAUCUGAAAUGAUUUAUGAUAUCAUUGAUAACUCUCAAGGAUUCUAUGUAUGUCCAGUGGAGCCCCAGAAUAGAAGCAAGAUGAAUAUUCCAUUCCGCAUUGGCAAUGCCAAAGGAGACGACGCUCUAGAAAAGAGAUUUGUUGAUAAAGCUCUUGAACUCAACAUGCUGUCCUUGAAAGGGCACAGGUCCGUGGGAGGCAUCCGUGCCUCUCUGUAUAACGCCGUCACCAUUGAAGAUGUUCAGAAGCUGGCAGCCUUCAUGAAAAAUUUUUUGGAGAUGCAUCAGCUUUGAACACAUCCUGACCAAUGUAUACUCUGUCGUUGAAUGAUGGAUGAAAUUUAAAAUGACAAGGGAAUGGCUACCAAAACUUAACACAGUAUUUUUCUCGAAUGAACACGCUUAAUUUAGAUUCUUCUUUUCUCAGAACACAGCAGCAAAACAUCAAGAGCUCUGCAGAGCUGGUGGGACUUGACGGCGACUCUAACUCUGACUUGAAGCAUUGUUUUAAAUCUUACUGUUGCUUUUCUAACUAACUCAAGCUUAUUUUGUCUUUGCUGCUGCUUUUUCUAGCUAGAUCUCAGUAUUCAAACUUGCCGGUGGACUGAAUUAUGCAAAUGACAGUUAAUCAUUUCUGGAGACACACAGAUUCACAGUAUGGAAGGUGGGUGGGACCCACUGGGUGCUGAGUCUAGAACUUUUCCAAAAUGACACGAAUGGGGUCUCCUGGGUUCAGAGGUCAUUAAGAUUGGCCAUUUGGUGAGCAUCUGGGACUUCUAGGCCAAGGGCAAACUGUAGGUCUUUCUUUAUACUGUUACUUUUAUAAAGAGAUAAACGUGGCAUACUGUAUUUUAUAUAGCAAGGCCUGUUUUUAAUGACGUAGAGUUUAUACCUUUAUUCAUUUGUAGUCACACAGUUCUCAGUGACGUGUAGAAACGUUUAGAGUUUGUUCGAAUCCUUGACGUAGUGCAUUACGUUAGCAACGGUUGUGACCCUUCUACAAGCUGCUUCAGAGAAAUGAGAUUUCGAAGUUAUGUGCUUCACUCUUGCUGUCUAUUUAGUAGCUAGAAGAGAGGUUUGUUCGGUUGGUUUGCUGUUGGUUUUUUAGUAAUGCCUUCAAACUAAAAAUCUCUGUUAAACUCCCUUGUCCCUUGUUCACUUGAUUGUUUUCUUCAUUGUGUCUGACCAGAGUGAUACUGUGAGUUCCAGAAGAAUCUUUGCUCAAGAGCCUUUUCCCCUCUUGUGUAUACAUUGUCAGUAUCUUAUGUUGACCGUGUGAAGAACAUUAAAGACACUAAACCAUCUAAA